CUUCGUUUUGGCGCGAACGUCUGAAAUGGAACAAUGCAAGGUAGAACGUAGUCUCCAUUUGGCACGUCGUCAGCAGUGUGCGUGUUUAAUUCAAGAAAUUGGGUCAAGAUUGCAAACAACACAGGUGGUCAUAAAUGCAGGCAUAUAUUACAUGCACUACUUCUACGAAGUUUUCUCUCCAGAAACAAUCAAACCGAUUUUAGUCGCAAUAGCUGCCUUUUAUUGUGCAUGCAAAACAGAGGAAUUUUCUAGGAAACUGUCCUUCUUGAUCAAGGCUGCGUAUGAUAUUUUAAAGAGACCGGCACCUGAUGAGGGGUCAGAUGCAUUCAAGAGACUCGUUCAGAAUGUUCAUGCUUUAGAGGCUACUAUUCUUAUGGUCAUUGGGUUUCACACUCUUGAAGUCAAACAACCACAUGUGCUACUCAUUAAGGCGAUUCGCGCAAAUAAGUUCCCGAAGGAAAUAGCUCAUACGAGCUACUAUAUCUGUACUAAUAUACUGCAUCUCACUACUUUAGUAUUACGACAUUCUGCAGAAGCAAUUGCUGCUGCUAGUCUUUACAUUGCGGCGAAGUGGAAUGGAACAGACAUCCAGUCGUCAAACGGGGAAUGGUUCCAUAUUUUUUCUCCGAUGCUGACUUUCGAGGAAAUCUCUAAAAUAACAGACGAAUUCACCCUUACUUUCCAAGAAUGCGAUUUAAAAAUCAGAGAGCAACUGCGCUGUUCGCUUCGAUCCCGAAAGUUACAAAGAGAACGAAGGGACGAUCCUGUCAAUAAUCCUCCUCGAACUCAAGAGCCUCAGAGGAGACCAGUUCCUGAUUCUCAGCAGAAAGCUGAUUCUUGGAAAACAGAGAAAAGACCUUACGGUUCGACAAAUCCUAGUGCAGCUCAAGUCCCAUCUCAACAUCCAAAUCACCAUGCUCGAAGUCAUGCAGGUGGCUCCCAGAGUACACAGAUGAAUCAUCCGUAUCAUGGACACAAUCGGGCCCCACAAUCACAUGUUUAUGGGAACGAACAUUUCAAUAGAUCUCAUUCCAACCGUCCUCCAGGUCCUGGGAAUAAUGAACCAGAUCCUAAGCGUCAGAGAUUUGAUCGCCCAUACCCAAAUCAGUGUCAACGAUCACCACAACCCCACUUACCUGGUGGACAUCAUCCCGACGGAACAGCACGUGUAAGUCAUGUGUAUGUAUGUCAGUCGUGAUAAUUUGACUUCUAUCACUUUACUGAGAAAGUAGUGGAAUUUUAAAUAGUGUUUAAGUUUGAAGCUUUUGGUAUACUAUUUUGAUGAAUAUGAAGUAAUAACUAUGUAUGAUAACAAAAUUGUCAUUGGUUCGUUCCCUCUUUUAAUACGCUAUUUUUUAACGUUUCCCAUGACCAUCCUUACACUGUAUAUCUACUCUUGAGUUGUGUGUCUGUUCGUUCGUGCUUUCGAUUGCUUGUGAAACAUACUUUUCUCUCGGCCGAAUCUGGUCUCUCUAGUUACCAGGGCUGAGGCGCAGUGAAUAGUUUUUUCGUUGUCUUGUUGAAUCUUCGUUCCGUUCACCGAUUUCAGCUGAUUUCGUAAUCUCUUCAAACAUAGCAAAGAAAAAGUAUCCUUUCGUUAUUUUCUCCAACUUAUUCGUGGUUAAUGGUCUGCAAAGUAUUUUGGGAUCCAAACGUCCACUAGAUAUUGUGACGUUAAGUUGAAUACACAACUCAACAUUUAGUUAUCAAUAGUCAUUUAAAGCAUAUCCGAAUAUGUGUAUAAGUCAUUUCAAGGAAUUCUAUCAUUCCAUCUAGAAUUUUUGAUGAUCAGUACGUACAAUUACAAAACAACUAGCGUGUAUUACCACUUCAUCUUAUUAAGGUUCUGUUCAUAAACCGUAAAUUAUUUCAAUCUUGUUCAAGCUAAGUACUCUUUGAGGGGUUCUGAUAUGCUGGUAACAUAGAAAACCUCAUAAAUUCUAUACUAAGCAGGAGCGGGAAUAUGAAGUAGAAUAUAUAGUAGUCAACAGCUAUCUCUUUUAAGUGAAAAACCAGUGGUAAACAUUUUAUGGAAAUUAGAUAAUUUAAUUCAUUCUAUCAAAUUAUUGACAGAUCAUGGAUGAGUGUUAAAAUAAAAAGCCAUACUUUUCUGUUGGUUUCUUUUUAGUCAACGGUAGACGUGUUUGUUUGGAUGUGUGGUUGCUCAUUUACUAAAAUAUUCUCAAUUUUUUCCAAAUAUGUAGUGGUGCAGUCUGAUUAAAUAAAUAAAGUUUUAUUUGCUGUGUUAUAAUCGGGUGCUAAAAAAGAAAAUUUAUUAAAAAUUCUGGUGUUCAUUUUACAAAGUAUUUUUACUUACAUUUUCAUAUUACCAUUAUUCAGAAUAAGAAAUAACUAAGAAAAAACACAUGUAUAACAUAAGUGGCGAUCAUAUAAUUAACACAUACUAUAGUUAUGGUUAUAACUAGUAGUCUAUAAACGCUUAAUUGCAUAAAGUAAUUUCUUGAUGUUUCUUUUACACAUCCAUAAACUCAAUUCCAUUUAAGAUUUAUAGAAGAGCUUACUUCAAAUUUAUGAUAGUCGAGAUAAGAGUAAUGCUUAAACUAAUAGUGUAAUAAUGAUGGAUAGUAGCUAGCAGACUGAUCAAUUGCAGUCUUAAGUCUCAAUGGGAAGAUACAAGCCAAAACAAUACCAAGUGAAUUUAAUAGUUUAAUAUUCUACAAUGUUAUAAUAAAAUUUUACGAACUCAUUAUUUAUACUCAAUGUACAAUUUUUUUCAUCAAAAGUAUUUUAAAGUAACAAGAUUAAACCAAUAAAAUAUUUUUGUGUUCGGCAAUAAAUAACACAAAUCCUUGCUAUUACGUAAUAAUUUUUUAUUGAUUUCAUGAGAUCUGGGGUUAACUUUUAAUAGUUUGGGUAACAACUAAGUUAUUAUUUUCUUCUCUAAACAUAUUCCAUGAUUAUUUUUCAAAGAAUAUAUCACUUUAUUUACAAUGUAAUCAAAUAGAGAAUAAGACGGUAGUAAUCAGCUUAUCAUUUAGAGUUGAAAAGUCUAUCAUUCUGACUUAAGUAUAUUCACAACUAGAAUUGUAAUCAAAACGAAUUUAUAUGACAAACAUGAAAAAGUUUUUAUCUGGUAAAAAAGGAUAAUAAUAAAAACAGGAAAUCUUAAGCUUUGAUUUUAUGUGGAUUUGAAUUCAUUAGGACGUAUCUAUACUACUGAACGAAGUGAGUAUUCAAAUUCGUGUUAACAACUGUCACUUUUUUCUGAAUUAAAGUUACUCAAGAAUAGCUAAAACGAAUCAGUAGUUAAUAUGUUUAAUCGGCACUCUGCAACGCAGGUUAUAUUAUCUGGUGAGUAUGUUUCAAGUUUGGAAUCAUGAAGUUAAAAGUCGACUUCUAAAUCAUCCCUCCACUUUUUACUGCUCAUAUGUUUUGCAAUAAAUUUAUCAUAUUUGUGUAGAGGAUCCCAAUUUCGCGUCAUCUAUUAUACUUUUAAAAGCUGCGUAGUAUUUCCUCAUCAAUAAUUGUUAAUAUGCAGCUGAUAUAGAAUAUGAAGCCAGAGUUUGAAAGAACAAAAAAGAAAUGUCUUUUCACUGUCACCGUAUACGUCCCAAUAGAUGGUCACCUGGAUAUAACCGAGGAUGAGUUCCUUCACCGACGGGAUUACCUUUUGUGAUAUCUGGGGACUUCAAUACGUAGGUCAAAUGUUUAAGUGAAAGGAAUUUAUCCAGGAGGUUAACAAGUGCUUGUUGUUCAUAAGUCUAAUUUUGGUCAUUCACGACGCCGGAUACAGUCAUUUACGAUAUAUCAACUUGCUUUUUUCCUUUGUAGCUCAAUCCUUUACCCAAAGAGCUCUAAUCGCAACUAGCUGCCAAUAGUGUAAAUAUCUGGAAGGUUUCUGAUCUUCUGGUAUCACUCGUCUGUGUUCUAUCUGUGAUCUAGUACACUCUAAGUUCAUUGAGUGUCCGAAUAGUCCAAGUAUGGCGAAUUUCAGAGUAGCUCCUGCUAAUCUGCUUCACAUUAAUGUGGUAAAAAUAUAUAGUGUACCUAACGCUGUAGUGUCAGUAUCAAUUCUCCGAGCUAAGAAUGCUUAGUGACCCUGUGUUCGGUUGUCUUUGCUUAUAUAAGAUGGCAAUACCGAAUAGCGGCUAGAGAUAAUCAUGCUCUCGUUUCCUUUAAUGUCCCAAUAAUAUUAUUUUCAUCUUGUUCUUAAAUAUAUCUCCACUUUAUUGUUGAUUCUUUUGUUGCUCAAUGGUUUGUUUUCUGUGUGGUGCAUUUCUCAGUGCUUUGUUUUACCAAGUCAUUUUUAAUAUUCAGUAAAUAAAUGUCCUGCUCGUAUACUAAAAGUAUGGUCCAUGAUCUAGUGUAAUAAAACUGUACCUAAUGAGUCACUAAUUUGUAACGUAUAUUACUAUGUAAUCUUACAAAGUAAUUCCAUAAUUGCCUAAAGUAAUUGGGGAGUUUAUGGUAAAUAUGUUUGAAACAUUUAUACUUAUCAGUCAGUCAUAAUCAACUAAAAACCUGUUACAUGUAUCCAUCGGUUAAACUUGCCACACCAUACAACUGCGAAAUGAAAUUACCAGAACAAAUAGAAGGGUAAUAGAAGUGGUAACAGUGUCAAUGGUUGUAGUAAAAACUAGGAUUAGGUAAUAUGAUUCGAAACGAAAUAAUGAGUUCGCUGAAUAAAACUAUAAGUGGAUUCUAAAUUUCAUGAUCUAAGGGAAGACAAAGACUGGAUACACAUAUACCAGUACGGCCCAUUUUAAGUUAUAUCACCCUUUGUCUCCAAUCAUUGGUUACAAUGAUUGCACGAAUCUCGAUAAGGUAGUCUAAAACUACCACCACGGCACAAUCUAACUACUAGUGACUUCAUUGACUGUUGCCACGUUUCGAUUCUAUCUCCUUUAGCUUUCUUCCAACCUAUUCCUACAAUAGCCAACAUGAAAUGAUUGUAGGUAACGGUCCAUGUUAAAUAACAAAUGUCCAUAUCUGUAUUUUAAGGGUUUGAUUUUUUAUUGUUACAUUGUUUUGAUCUGUUUUUUGGUUUUCAUUUUAUUGUGCUAAUCUGGUACGGCAACUUGGUGUAACAUUUAUCUUUGCUAGGUUUUAUUUUGUUGCUUGUUUGUCCCAACAACCUCAGUUGAGAAAGAUUCACAACCUCAUCAACUGGUUUGACAUGUUUGCUUAAUAACCUUCGUCUAACCUCAGCAUUACUUACUUGGUUGUUCCAACAUACUCAAACCAUGCCUCAAACGGAUCAGUGAUUAAAUCCCAGUAACGCACGAACAUUCUUCUUUUAUAAAAGUUACGUUUCUCAGACAGAAGGGACGGAAUGAACUGCUAGUCCUUUGGCUAGCAGACAAACACACCGCUUACGUCACAGGUGACCCCGAAUUUCCACAUACAAUUAGUUUUAAUGACAUUUCUUUAUAUAUUUUCACUCGCAUUCUACGGGUAUAUAUUCAACACUAAGUUCCUUAUAGUUUGCAGCGUAAUGAUAAAAUUAAUAAUUACAUAGAAGGGGAAUGAACUAGUCUCAAUAAGAGUGGAUAAUAAGUUUACAGUUUUCUUAGACACACUCACUAUAAGUUUUCUUUUUGAUAGAUAACUAAUAAAUUGUAGGUUUUACAUUCACUGUUUUUUUAACAUUAAAAUUAAGUAAUUAGUUCAGUCAGGUGUUCAAGAAAAGUAUGGUCGCAACAUACGCAUACACAAUUUAUCAUUUAUGCUCAUCAUUCUUUGUCUUUGAACUCUGUAAAUAAAGUUGUGAUUUACAAGAUAAUUUACUAUUUCUACGUCUUGAUUAAAAAAGGUUCUUGGAAUGCAUUUUGCACUUCUUAUACUAGUAAUACACUAAUUAAGUUUUGAUAAUCAGAAAAUAUUCAUCACAGUUGUAAAGAGAGUACUAUUUGUAGUAAUCACCAAUGUGUCUGUUGAUCAUUUCAGUGCUUCAGUUUAUUUAGUGAAAGUUAAUAAAUAUUUCUAUUUCAAACUCAUUUUCUGUACUGACUUAAGUAUUUUCCACACUUAUAAUAACACUAAGAAUCUAACUUUUGGGAUAUUUUAUUAAUAGUAUGAUGUUCUUACCUUAAUUUAUUUCCUUAUCCGAUUAGUGUACGUGAAAAAAAACUAAUUUUGUUGAUAUGAGAUUUUUAUUUUAAACUUCAUGGCUUCAUUUUACUAUAUCAGUUUGUACAUAUUAGCAUUUAUUCAUUAAGCGUAAAUUACAAACUCACAUUCUAAACGGCUUAGUUGUUAAAACCCUAAAAUCGCGUUACGAUUUGGUAACCCACUCUAUCUACUUCUGUUUGGACACGUUAACCGUAUCUCUAACUCUUAAAAAUCAGUCUAUCCAAGCGAUCACUUAGGCCUUUAACCGGUUACUGUGUUGCAUUAUUUUUGUAUUGUUUCUCAUGAUAUAUCGUUUUUUUGUUCGUAGUACAUUUAUCAUGCUUUCACGAAAACUUACCUACAAAUAAAUUUAGGCAAGUCGUAUGGAGAGUUCUGUCUCUCAUUCUGGUGGUGGCGAACACAAAGUACACUAUCCAUCUGCUAAUCGUAUCCAUGGAACAGAUUACAGGAUGGCACAAUCCACUGGUUACAAUGCUGUUCCGAAUAAGCAACCUUACGGACGAGAUGAACAUGAAGACUCACGUCUUAACUCAGGGAAUCUUCGUUCUGUCAAACCAGCUGGUCAUCCACAAGGGAACACACGAGUGAAACCUGAUCUAAAUGACUAUUUUUGAACAUUUACUUGAUUAAUAUAGUUUCGUAUAGUGUUUUUUUUCUCACAUUCCUAAAUUUCCAUAUACAGAUAGCGUUGUACAUAUGUUAAAUUGCUUUCUUCCUUUUAAAACUAUACAUCCUUGGAGCUUGUUGCCUCAAAACUGUCAGUUCGCCUUUCGUAUUUGUCUAGUCUUAAGAGAAACUGUAAAGUCUUUCUUUCCCCAUUAAUGUGUUUAUUAUUAGUGCAUGUUUUUGUUGUUUUCGCGUAAGAAUUUUUAUAUUAAUUGCUUUUAUACGAAUGGUUUGGUACUUUUGUCUAUUUCUUACUAUAUUUGUGUAGUUAUUAUUGUUCAAUGUAUAUUACCAAUUUUCUUUAUAUCACUAUUUAUUUUGUAGUACAUUGAACUAUAAAUAAUAAUUUUUGGUUACUAAUAG